UACGGAUACUCACUGCCAGAUAUGACUGCUGUGGGCGAACACCAGGUCACCUCCGAAAUAUUCUCCGGCAUGACUGUGGGGCCGCCGGGAUCGGAAGGAUAUGUGACUACAAAGUUCUACUUUAGACGCCCCGCGGAUCCGAUCGCAGAAGCGGGGCAGAAGCAGGAGGCUGUCGAGUACGACAGUGACGGGGAUCUCAUCCUGAAACGCAAGGGCAGCGAAGACGUCGUCCACAUCAAGCACAGCGCCUCCACGAGCCUGCGCAUGGUGGGGCUGCAGGUGUGGCGCGGGGCGCUGCUCCUGGCCGACUGGGCGCUGCACUACGGGCCUUCCCUGCUGCGCGGCGCGACCGUGCUCGAGCUGGGCACGGGCACGGGGCUCACCAGCAUCGUGGCGGCCAUGCACGCCAAGGAGGUCGUCAGCACGGACGUGGAUCUAGCUGGACUCUUGGACCUCAUUAAAGCAAACAUAGAUCUGAACAGAAGGUUGGUUAAAGCAAAAUCUACUGUGUUGGGUUUGGACUUUUUCUCCAAGGAGUGGUCAAAGGAAGUCAUGAACAAGUUGACAGAAGUGUCUGUUAUAUUGGCAGCGGAUGUUAUCUAUGAUGUAGAUCUGACUGAAGCAUUUGUUGAAAGUCUUGUAAAAAUAAUGAAUGUGAAGCCAAAGAAAACACUAUAUUUUGCUCUGGAGAAGAGGUACGUCUUCACCACUGAUGAUUUGGAUUCAGUAGCUCCAGUUUAUGAGCACUUUGUAUCAUACUUAGAACAUGUGCGACCAAAAUCAUGGACUGUUGAACACGUUUCACUGGACUUCCCCCAAUACUUCCAAUAUGAUAGAGUUAAGGAGUUGGUGUUGUGGAAAAUAACAUCCUAAAUAAGUAAUUUGAUCAAAAACAUUGUGGUAGCACAGAUCAUUCUUAAAAAGUUUAAAGGAACCAAAAGGACGUUCUGUGAACAUUUUUUGAAUGUUGAUGCUACAAGGGUAUAGUGUAAUUUUAUACAUUGAUUACUUGAUGUUUGCUUGUUGCAGUAUUAUAGAGAUACCAUUGUGUUAUAACAAUUCGCUUCUUGUGUUCAGCAUCUUAUUGAUGCACCACAUAACUUUUUUGUGUAGUGUGUUAGGGAUGAACUGUGAUAUCUCUUAGUGUAAUGCAGAGUGUGUUUACAAAAUCUAAUUUUAUGUAAUUACAUGAUUUUAGAAAUGAAUAAACUAUUUUCUCUUACAA